UGCUCGUAACGAUGUGGGCAGUCUGGUGGGCUAGGCGUCGAGCUAUCCAUGACAACCAGUUUCAAAGCCCCCUCAGUACCCAUGUUUUUGUUCAAAAGUUCAUGGCGGAGCUCGACCAAAUUCCAGAGAAGGGGGCAACGCACCAAAGAACUACAUGCGUUGUCCAAGGACCUGCAUGUAACAUCCAGGGGCAUGCAUGCAACUCCCAGGGACCUGCAUGUAAGGUCCCGAGUACCUGUGCGACAGCCAACACAACCGGCAUGGCUGCCACCGGCAGUCCAUGACGUCAAGAUAAACGCGGAUGGUGGCUUCUCCAAGAUCAGGGAUAAGGGCGCAUCAGCUGUGGUGUGCCGAGACAAGCAUGGUAAAUAUCUUGGCGCUUCUGCCGUCAUUUUUGAGGGUCUUUCGGAUCCGGCAAUUCUUGAGGCACAGGCAUGCAGCAAGGCGCUAGCGCUAGCUUUGGAUUUACACGUUCGAUCCGUAUGUGUGGCGUCAGACUGUCAAGAAGUUGUGACUAGGAUUGCAGAUGACUCCCCAUGCAAGUUCUUUCCAAUUCUACAAGAUAUCAACCAUCAAAGGGGGUCUUUUAGUGAUGUUCAAUUUAUUCACGAGAGUAGGAGACAUAAUGGAGAGGCCCAUGCCUUAGCUAAGGCUGCUGCAACUCUCCCUCCCGGGCGCCAUGUGUGGCUUGAUAUUUUGCCCGAUAUUAUCUGUAUUCCGUCCAUUUUGAACGUUUAAUAAAGAAUACAGAUUAGCUAAAAAAAAAAAACCUAAAGGAAAGCCCAAAGUCGAGAAAAAAAGGGAAAGCCCAACAUCCAAUCCUCCUGCAUCUGGUCCAGCCUCACGGUACCCUAAAAAAGUUCUGCUCCGGCCUCACCGCCGUUGGAUGCUACUCCAGCGAGAGAUUCGGUUCGCCUCUGCUGCCAUAAGCAGGCAGGCGGCCUGAGGCCUCGUCAUCCACCUCCUAAAAUUUCGUGGUGGAACACGCCGCCGUCGUUCCUCCGACCGAGCGCGUCUUCUCUCAAUAGGCAAAUCUCUCCGGUGAUCCUGUGAUUGUGGGAGACUCCAGCCGACUCUUGUGUCGACACCAGCAGGGGCACGGUGGUGACGAGCCUAGCUGAGAGACUUUGUCUUCUGAGGAGCAUUGGGGAGGAGUUCAUCGACGAGGAUGAACUCCUGUUGCUGCUGAACAACAAGGCUGCCCUGUUUGCUACGUUUGGUCUGUGACGUCCCCCUCGAUGCACAUUGCCCAGGGGAUUAUUUAGACGGUGUUUGUGAAUAGGAUGGUCGGAGCUGGUUUCAAAGUCAAAAUCUUGAUAGCAGAUUGGUUUGCCCAGAUGAGCUAUAAGAUUGGUAGUAAUCUGGAUAAAAUACAGACUAUCGGCCAGUACAAUAUUGAAGUGUGGAAGGCAACUGGCAUGGACCUUACCAGGGUGGAGCUUGUUUGGCUGUCAGAUGUAAUGAAUAUCCAUGCAGCCAAUUUUUGGCCCCUUUUCAUGGAUGUUAGCCAAAAAUACACCGUUGAUAACAUAAAGAGGUGUUGCAGUAAAACAAUCCCUUAUGGACCGGGAAUAUUGCAAGUUACAGAGAUACUUUUGCCUUGCCUUCAGUGUGCUGCCAUGUUAUUCCAGAAGCAGGUGGAUAUAUGGCUGUUGGACAUGGAUCAGAGAGAGGUUUCCAUUCUAGCCAGAAAGUACUGUGAGGACAUAAAAAGGGAAAAUGGACCUAUCAUUCUGUUGAACCAUAUGCUUCCUGACUUACUAGAAUACCCUGAAAUUGCGGAGAAGUUAGAUCAUGCACGUGCUAUCUCUAUGGAAGAUACUGAGGAUGAUGUAAAUUUAAAGGUAAUGGUUAGAGCUUUCUGCCCUCCACAAGCAGUUAAACACAACCCGUGUUUGGAGUAUAUCAAAUAUCUUAUUCUCCCCUGGUUUGGAGAAUUUGAAGUGGUCCAAGAGCGAAAUGGUCUUCACGGGAUAUUUACAAACAUGGAAAUGCUUAUUGCUGAUUAUAAACAUGGUGCUCUGCGUGCUCCUGACAUGAAAUUGGCCCUUGAAAAGGCAAUAAACAAAAUAUUGCAGUCUGUCCAUGAGCACUUCAGAAACAAUGCUUAUGCCAAGAUCUACGGGAAGCCAACAAGUGUUUUGCUUUAUCCGAAGACGUCGUGUUCAAUUGCUUGGUGCCUUUCGAUUUGUCGGUCAGUGAGAAUAUUUCACUCGGAACAAGAAAGAAUGUUCUUAAUUAUGUUUAUACACAACACAAUAUAUGGCAGCGCCUAGGGCGUCUUGGAACCAUGGAUAUGAGAAAGGUCUUGUUGAUAUAAUGCUUGACCACAACAAUCCCAUCUAUAGAGGUCAAAAUGGGUGUUUGGCUGAAGGGUGGACUAGUAUUACAAAUACAUUCAAUCAGAAGUUUCCACUAGCUCAUUUUACCAAGCAACAAAUCCAAGAGAAGGAGAAGGAUUUAGAAGGAAAUUACAAGGCGGUGAGAGAUUCUCGGAAAUAGAGUGGCACAUGAUGGGAUGAUACACUUUGCAUGAUCAUUGUUGAACCUGUAAUAUGGGAUAAGCUUAUUAAGGACCAUCCGAGGGUAAAGAAGUUCCGUUCGAAGCCAUUCAUGCUCUUCAAGGCAUUGGCUUCCCUGCAUGAAGGAAGUGUUGCUUCAGGCGAUCUCAACUUUAUAUCAAUUCCGCAAGUGGAUCUAACAAGUGAUGCAAUUUCUCCUAUGGAUUCCUCUACGAAUGAUGUAAACCCUUUCUCCUCUACCAAUCUUGAAGAUGGUAUGUGAUCUUCUGAUCUGCAAGACCAAGGGGCAUCAAGAAGAGAUGAAGCUGAGUGUGCGACAUCAGCCAACUCUGAACAAAAGGGAGUGGAGCCGAUGAAAAAGAGGAAGCACAGCCAGGUCACUUUGGCUCUCGAGGACUACAUAGAUUUAUAGAAGAAGCAAGCUGCAAAAUUGGAUGAAGAGUUAAAGGAAUCAAAGCAAGAUAACUUUUUUGUUGAUAUUUGCAGCAAUGGGCUGUAGAUCUUAAUACCAAUGCAUGUGAGAGCUUUAAGUAUAACCAUCCAAGCAUAGAGUGGAGGAUUUUCUUUCUUUCCUAUUGGAAUGGUCUGCCCUAUGUGACAAGUACGUCCAUAAAAAUAAUGACGAUGCAACUAGUUUGUUCGAGGAUGGAGGGGAAGACCAUGAAUCUGGAAAAAGCAAGCUUGUCGUAGAGAAACUUAGCGCGAUCUGCUAUGAUGGCGCUCACAGAAAAAAUUGCAUAUACUUUAAGGUGCAAUGGAAUGACAAUCAGUUGAGGAUUCCUAGCAGCCAUGGAGAAACUCUGAAGGACAAUUGAAUACCAUGUGUUUAGCCAAAAUUAUCAUGAAGAAAGAAGAUAUCAACCACUCACCGGCAGUGGAAUCCUCCACCCGAUGGUCAUUCCAUUGCACCUGUUAAAAAAUUAUAUUAGGAUGACAUGUACGGAAACAAAAAAUGUACCAACACUACAAAUGAACAAGAUGAGAAUGAGGAGUACCUUGAAGUAUAUGUCAAUUUUUUAUGUCGGCGUCACGCAGAUCGCGCUAAGUUUCUCUAUGACAAGCUUGAUUUUUCCAAGUUAAUGAUCUUCCCCUUUAUCCUCGAACAAACUAGUUGGGGCAUUGCCAUUAUUUUAUGGAUGUACUUGUCACAUAGGACUGACCAUUCCGUUAGCAAAGAAAGAAAAUCCUCCACUUUUUCAUUACGAACCUACGUCCAAAAAACAGAAGAUAAAUUAUAUUCAUUAAACAAGAGAGAGCACUUAUAUAGGAUAACAAAGUUUAAGAUGCACUGAGACAUACCUAUGUGCUUGGAUGGUUAUACUUAAAGCUCUCACAUGCAUUGGUAUUAAGAUCUACAUCUCACCGCUACAAAUAUCAACAAAUUGUUCUCUAUCAGCCAAUUGAAGAGCUAUCUGUUGUAGAAAAAGCGAAGGCGCUGAGGCUUUUCAAAUGCCCAAUGAAUCGAGAGAUUUUCAUCAAUACCAAGAACCCAAGGCUCAGGCUUUUUUGGUUGAAGGAGGAGAUUGCUGCAAUUGAGAGAUCAGAAGUUGUGGUCCGCGAUGUUGAUGAGGAGUGGAGAAAAGACUUAAGUUGGACUAGUGAUCGUCGCCUUGCAGCAGCGCAUAUUGUUCGAAAGUGUCCCUGCCUUGACAUGGCAACUUGAUAAUCCAGAACUUUUUAACCCUGAUCCUAGGACCGAUAUGUGAACCAUGGUGAAG